UCAAAUCGUCAAAAGCUAUUCCACCUCGGCACCCUAUCUGUCGUCCGUGAUGUUCUGUGUUGCUGAAACAGAGGCAUAAAAAUGCCACAAUCAUUUCCCCCAACCAUUGGGGACUUCUCCAUCUUGCCAGUCUCGGUGCCAGCCCUACCAUCAUAUCCCCACGCCGUCACCCAUCACAUCUAUGUCCGGCGAAAUGCACCGAAGAUCCCCACCGAGGACGACUCUCGCAGUUUGUUCCUGACAAACGUGCCAGUCGAUAGCACCGAGCUCCACCUGAGAGGGCUGUUCACCGCUCUCGUGGGCGCCGGCCGCUUCGAGAGCGCAACCUUUGAGGGCGAGCGGAAGUCACCGUCGUCCGAGAUGGAACUCCUGCCCGGGCAGGCGACAAGGCUAGCCGCCCACUCGAAGAAGCGAAAGCGCGAGGGCGAGGAGGCUGAGAAGGCGAAGGAGGAGGCCGCCGCGCGCCUACCGUCGACGUGGUCCCGGCCGCUGAGGAGGAGCGGGGGCACGGCGGUCGUGCUGCUCGCCGACGAGAAGAGCGUGGAGCGAACCCUCAAGGCCAUCGCCAAGGCCCACAAGACCAGGAGGUAUCCGACCUGGGGCGAGGGCGUGUCGGGCCGGGUCCCGGCCCUCGGGUCGCGGUGGCUCAAGGCGCACGCCCGCCUGUCGUAUCCGGACAAGGCGGCCGUCGAGGAGUCGGUCAACGCCUUCUUCACCCUCUUCAACCGGCACGAGCAGGAGGCGGCCGAGCUGGCCAAGCGCCUGCGCAAUGAGCCCGACGAGGAUGGCUUCGUCACCGUCACGCGCGGGGGCAGGACCGCGCCCGCCAGCAGGAGCGAGGCCGAGGAGGCCCGCAGGAAGAUGCUGGAGAGGGCGGAGAAGAGGAAGGCGGAGCUGAGCAACUUCUACCGCUUCCAGCUGCGCGAGCGGAAGAAGGCCGAGCAGGACGAGCUGCUGAAGCGGUUCGAGGAGGACAGGAAGAAGAUCUCGGCCAUGAGGGAGAAGAGGGCAAAGUUCAGGCCAGAGGUUUGAACUGCUGGCGGGCCGUGGUUGCUGGCUGUCUUCUAAUCGUGGUAAUAUCCACGAUACCCAACCGAAUGCGGUCAGCGAGCCCUGCAGCCGGUCGUCGGAAGGCAAACGCUACCAUACAAAGUAAUGGUUGGGCUUAUAAGCUGGCAUAAUAUGGUUACGCUGGGUAAGCCACUCCUUUCUUGCUUGCACUACUCAGU